AUGGCUUCCCGGCUGGUCUUCGACCCAAUGGCUGCUCUCGCCUUAGCCCCUCUCAUCUCAUCAACCUGCACACUGUGGUAUGCAUUUGAUCAACACCAUUUCCUGCGCAUCUUCACCUCGCCCACCAACCGUCCCAAAUCCGACUUUAUUCUACCCACCUACUUCAAAGAGUUCUUCACAGCAGCACUGCCUCGUGUCGUCGGGCUUCUCGGCUUGACUUUCUGGACCUCAAUCGGGAACUAUUACUGGCGCUAUGAUUCGUUGGUCGCCAAUCGGUCGCUACGGUGGUAUGUAGCAGGUGCAUCGCUUGCGGCUAGUCACUUGCUAUUUGUGCCUAUGGUGGCGCCGCGGAUUCGCGCGAUUGUGGAGGAUGAUCGGUCAAAGGGAACGCCGACUGAUGUUCUCGAUGAAUGGUUGAAUAUUCAUUUGUUGCGUACCUGGACGGUUGAUGUGGCUGCUUGGACUUGUUUGGCGUUUGCUACUAGUCUGAAUGUGAAGAUCUAG